AUGGAGUCAAUCAAGCACAAGAUGGACACCAUGGUCAAGGAGAAGGAGGCCGCCACCGAGAAGGCCAACUCUCUCGAGGCCGAGGCCCAGGAGUACGAGAAGACCGCCGCCAAGUUCGAGAAGGAGGUCUCCGAAAUCCAGCGAAAGAUCGCCAAGGUCGAAGAUGACCUCGAUAUCACCAUCUCUGUCACUAAGGACACUGCUGAGAAGCUCGAACUCGCUGAUAAGGAAGCCGUCGAUGCUGAAUUGCAGGCUGGUGCCCUCAAGCGACGACUUGCCCUCCUUGAAGAAGAAACUAUGCGAAACAAGGAGCGACUCCAGGAGAACAUCGAGAAGUGCAAAUCCAUCGAGGCUUCUGGCCAGGAGAACGAAGACGCCCGAAAGGCCGGUGAAGCUCGAUCCUUCGCCGCUGAAGAGUCUCUCGAACAGAUGGAGACCCAGCUCGAGGAGGCCAACGAGGUCGCCAAGAUCUCCAACCAGAAGUUCGAAGAUGCUUCCCGAAAGCUCAAGGUCGUUGAGGGCGAUUUGGAGCGAGUUAUUGAGCGAGCUGAAGAAUUCGAGACCAAGGCCCGAGAACUCGAGACCCAGAUCCGAGAAAUGGAAGCUAAGGUCAAGGAGACCGAAGCUAUCACCAUCAAGAACGGUGAGGAAGAAGAGAAGUUCGAGAACAAGAUCGCCCACCUCCAGGAAGAAUUCAAGUCCCAGGAUACCCGAGCUGAAUUCGCCGAGCGAUCCGUCGACAAGCUCGAGUCCUCCAUCGACGGUCUUCUCGAGUCCCUCAUGAACGAGAAGCUCAACUACCGAUCAAUCUCUGAGAAGCUCGACAAGACCCUCAACGACAUGAUGUCCAUGUCUUAA